CGAAAAUAAGCGAACCCCUUCACCCAAAAAUAAACAGAAGCUGAACGAAGGAGCGCGGCGGAAUCUGUUCUGAUAAACACAGAGAAGCCGACAACUCUGUUAAACCCUGUUUUGUAAUACUAUUCGCCUCAUUUUAAUUUUUAAAAUAGAGAAAAAUAAAUAUAUAAAGCGAAAAAAAAGAACUCGGCUUUCUCUCUGAGAUCAAGAUCUGUCACCUAUACAUGUCUCAACAAUCGUUGUGUGUUCGCCUGAAUCCAAAAGAUUUAACCUUUGGUUGAAGUCUGUGAAGCACUUAAGGGAUAUGCUAAUUUAGAGACAGAGACACAGAGAGAGAGAGAGAGAGAGAGAGAGAUGGCGAGACAAGCGGGGAAGCAGAGUUAUGGUCGGCUUGUGUUAGUGUCAUGCCUCGCGCUUUUAGCGGUGGGACUCAUUGCAGACUUCCUUUGGGCUUCAUCUCAUCGCUUCUCCCCUGCCGGGACUUAUCUUCCCUCCUCCUUGAUCGAAAAACUCCCUCCUGAAUCCAAUGAGAAAGACACUAAAACUAAGGAAAGGAAGCUUUCUGCAACGUUUCAAGAUUUGGAUGCUCCUCAAUUACAAUGGGAGAAGAUGGCAGCUGCACCUGUCCCUCGUCUAGACGGAGCUGCUAUUCAGAUUAGGAAUCUUCUCUAUGUCUUUGCUGGUUACGGCAACAUUAAUCUUGUGCAUUCUCAUGUUGAUAUAUACAAUUUUGUGGAUAAUAAAUGGGGAGGGAGAUUUGAUAUGCCUAAAGAGAUGGCACAUUCUCAUUUAGGGAUGGUAACUGAUGGGCGUUACAUCUACAUUGUCACCGGUCAAUAUGGUCCUCAGUGCAGAGGCCCUACUGCUAAAACAUUUGUUCUGGAUACUGAUACGAAUACCUGGAGUGACUUCAUUUCUCUACCAGUUCCUAGGUAUGCUCCAGCUACUCAGCUAUGGAGAGGUAGACUCCACGUGAUGGGUGGGAGCAAAGAGAAUCGACAUACACCAGGACUUGAACACUGGAGUAUCGCUGUUAAAGACGGGAAAGCAUUGGAAAAAGAGUGGAGAAGUGAAAUUCCAAUCCCUCGUGGAGGACCUCACAGAGCAUGCGUAGUAGUGGAUGAUCGGCUUUUUGUGAUUGGUGGUCAAGAAGGUGAUUUCAUGGCUAAACCAGGAUCUCCCAUCUUCAAAUGCUCACGUCGUUUAGAGGUGGUAUUCAGUGAUGUUUACAUGCUGGAUGAGGAUAUGAAGUGGAAAGUUAUGCCACCGAUGCCAAAACCGGAUUCACAUAUCGAGUUUGCGUGGAAAGUGGUUAACAACUCCAUUGUAAUCGUUGGAGGCACCACAGAGAAGCAUCCCGAAACCAAGAAGAUGGUUCUCGUUGGUGAAAUCUUCCAGUUUAACCUGAAUACAAUGAAAUGGUAUGUGAUUGGAAAGUUGCCAUACCGUGUGAAGACGACGCUGGUUGGGUACUGGGACGGGCAGUUAUACUUCACCUCGGGGCAACGAGACAAAGGUCCUGAUGAUCCGGCGCCGCGUAAGGUAAUUGCAGAGAUGUGGAGAACUAAACUGAUACUGAAUCCAUGAGAUAGACGAACAACCAAUCUCCCUUUUGUAAUGCAAAGUCACUUAUAUUCUUUGAGCCUUGAGCCUUUACUCAUCCCAUUCCAUAAAACAUUUGCUAUAUCUAUCUUCUAUGUUAAUGAGAGAAUUUGUAUAUUGUAAACUAUAGACACAAACUUGGUAGAAAAUCUCAGUGUUUUCAACACAUUACUUUGUGUGGUUUCUUCAUCUUA